UUUGUGUGUUAAUAUUUAUAAUUAAUGAUUGAAGUACAUAUUGGACAAUUUUCCUUCUUAGGUCAGUUUGGUUUUUGCCCUUGGUAUGAAUCCUUAGAUAACGAGGACUGUUUUCUCUCUCUCUGCAGGUCAGAUGGAGAGUAUGGUGCAGAGGAAAAGAAGAAGGCAGGAAAAUCACCCAGUGUAUUGCCACAGACCCCUUCUAAUGAGGUUGAAUAUUUUGAUGACCGGAAAAAAGUUGGUGCUGCCAGGACAAAGAUGAGUGUGGACAGUCCCCUCCUGACAACAGAUGUCAAGACUGAUGCCAAGAUUGAAAGGAAAAAACAUGGCUCAAAUCAGUUAAAGGCAAAUGCUCACUAUCACAAGCUAUUUCUGGAUGUCCCAACUGCAGAGCCACUGAAGCAAAGUUUUACCUGCGCUCUGCAGAAAGAAAUUCUGUACCAAGGAAAAUUAUUUAUAUCUGAAAACUGGAUUUGUUUCCAUUCCAAGGUCUUUGGUAAAGACACCAAGAUUAGUAUACCUGCGCUCUCGGUAACAAUAAUAAAGAAAACCAAAACUGCCCUUCUGGUGCCAAAUGCCUUGGUCAUAGCAACACUCACUGACCGGUACAUAUUUGUCUCCUUGCUCUCCAGAGACACAACCUAUAAGCUAUUAAAAUCUGUCUGUAGUCACUUAGAGGAUAAAAGUGUUGACAACAGUACCAAUCCUUCUUCUGCUGAAAACAGCUUCAGGGCCGAUCGCCCUAUGACCCUGACUUUGGAUUUCAAUGAAGAUUACUCGGAUUUGGAUGGUAUAGUGCACCAUCAAAGACAAGAGUUGGAAGAAUCUAGCAGUACUGGUUCUCAGACCCCUGAAUCAGAACACUUCCAAGAUUACCAUGUCAUUGAGACCCAGACUCAUCUGAAAGUUUUGAAGGCAGAAGCAAAGUCUAUCCAUACAGACAUACACAGUAAACAUAUGCCUGAAGGAACCGCCAGGAACGUUCCCAGAAAUGGCCAUGCUGGAGACGCUGGAUUCUUACACAGAGUCAAGUCCCACAGAUUGUUAUCUUUGAACCACAUACUUAUUUUCUACGCAGUUCUUGUCUGUGUCCUUGUCGUUUCUACCCUCUACAUGAGAUAUAAAAUCAAUGUUCUGGAGGAACGGCUAAUCUCCAUGGCUUCCUUUGUUGACUCCCAUAUUAAUGAACAGCCUGUGCAACGAGGUCUGGGAUCCCAUCUGCAAAUUAAUGCUGAAGCCUUCUGUGAUGAACUAACAGCUAACCUCAUAAAACUGGAAAAGAUACAAAACAACUUACAAAGACUACUUGAAGAUGGUGAUUGAAACCUUGAUGUUCUGGGCUACUUUGAACCUCAUUCUCCUGCUUCUGAUAAGCAGCAUCAGUGAACUCUGCGGGCUGGAGUUCACAUUCCUUUUUCUUUUCUUUUUUUUUAAUCUAACCCCACAAUUAGACUGUGGCAGUAGCUUCUCCAUCUCAAGACUCUGGAGAGUGGUUUAUUCUUGUGCAAUAAUAUAUCUCUGUUUUCUGACAAUCAGGGAUUUCCAUUGCUGGUCACAUCAGUACAAACAAUGUGUUUUUUUUUUUUUUUAAAUAGUUUGGGGCCAAAUUCUGUUCUUGGUUACUCCAGUGUAAAUCUGGAAUAACUCCCUUUAUCUCAAUAUUUUUCAUUCACGUGGCUGUAACAGAGCAGAAUUUGGUCCUGGAUGUACAGCUACAGAACCAGCAUGUGCAAAUGCUUGUUGUCUUUUAAAGGGAGUCACCUAUCCCACUAUUAUUACUGUAGUUAUGAAUAAACACUCCAUUUUUAUUUUUCUUCUGUUCUGCCUCAGUUCCCCAACAUCUACCCAGUUGUGUCACACCUUAAUGACCAGUCUCUCCAAGGCUGAUUCUGUGGGGUGCUAAGUGUGCUCUGCUCCUUAUAUGCCGGACUCUAAGCUGGUUUAAAUCCACCUAUCUUCAUUCAUUUAGCUGGUAUUAAUCUGGUAUAGCUCCAGUUGACAGUCUAGCGAAGUCAGUGUGUGCCAUAGGUGACAAGAUCAAGCCCUGUGCAAUCACUCACAAUUUUUAUAGCAUACAUAUCCCACAUGCUAUGAAGUGUAGCUUCUGCAAACUAUUUAUGAGGAUAGCAGCACAGUGAGCCACCUAAGCACUGUUUAAAAUAUCCCAUAUAUUUUAAAUCUAUCAUUGUAACACUGUUUGCUCAUGAUGCCCUUCAGUGCUAAGUCCCUUUUCAAAGGGUCACAUGGGGUCUUAGCUGUGCAGUUCUCUUUCCAGUUACCGGGAGUCCUAUAGUUAUUUUGGUCAUGGAAGAUCCCACAGAGUCUUUCAUCCUGACACAAUGGGAACUGGCAAUUUAAUGAAAAUACAAUGAUAGAAGCCAUUCUAUUGGAGUGAAUAGAAGAAAAAUAGGUGUGUCUCUUGUUACAUUGUCCUGUUUGUUUUCCCAGAGCCUUAAAUGAUGAAGUAACUGGUGAUUUUAACUCGUUGGUUUACCAAGUGGAUUGGUUUUCAUGAGGGUAGCAUAAGAUAGAACCUCUAAGUUAACAGAUAUUUAUACAUGCAUUUUAUAAUCAUUUCUGUGAAAUGUAUCUUAUUUUGUUUAAUAAAAAGUUAAUUGAUUUUAAAAGCUUACCAUUCACUUGUACCUGCCCAUUUACACACAUGGCAGUUUGCUUAUAGUAUAAAACUAAGCUGAUACAAGUUCUUUGCAAUCAGAAAUGUUGCUCUUACUGUGACUUUGUUUUGUGCCUCCAGAAACAGUUUUCAGAUCUUCUUCCAAUCCAAUACAUCAAAUUAUACAGUGCAGCUAGGGCCUGAUGAAAAGCCCAAGAAGACAAAAGGGCCUCAAAUUUUGACAGUUUUCUACCAAGUCAUUUCCAUUU